AGAAAUCCCCUCUCGCGAGUGCCAAGCGUUAGUUUAAGGUCUGCAGCUGACAGAGCAGUGUCUUAUGUGACUGUGAGGCGUUAACAUCUGGUUACAAGGAUCCGUUUCUGUGGAUAUUUUCAUCAUGAAAACAGUUGUCUUUAUCUGUUUUCUGGUCACAUUGCUGUACCUUGUGUCGUGUUGUGAUGAGGACACACAUUACUUGAAGGUAGAUAAAUGCUGCAAGAAGUGUGGACCAGGUAAGAGGAUGCUGAAGGAUGACAACUGUGACGACCCACGCUGUCAGGACUGCCUGGACGGAGAGUAUCAGAGCGGCUUCACCAGCGACACCAAAUGUGAACGCCAGCCCAGCUGUGACCCCAAUUUACAUUUUCAGCCACAAAUGAAUCCCAGUAAGACCAGUUUAAGCAAAUGUCAGUGUGAAGCUGGAUACUACUGUACGCAAGAAGACGACUGUGACACUUGUAGGAAACGCACAGUUUGCAAGGCAGGAGAGAAAAUCCUCAUAGAAGGUUCACAGUUUGGUGAUACUGUGUGUGAGCCAUGUAAAAAUGGAACAUUCUCCACCCAUGAGUCAGCUGUCACUUGCAAGGAAUGGACAAUAUGUGAACAUGGAUUUGAUAAAAACGCUCCUGGCAGUUCAACCUCAGACCGAAUCUGUGUGGAUGAUAGACGCGCUCACAGAGGUGCAGUUGUGGUUGGAGUUGUAGCACUUCUGCUCAUCUUAAUUGGAAUUGCUGCAACAUUAUACUUCACAAAAGGAAAUAAAUGCUGGAAAGAGCUCCACAAACACUUCAAUAAAGGAAGAUCGCAUGAACAUCUAGAUGUUGAGAAACCAAUCUAUCAACAGCCUGUGGAGGUCGAUGAACCCGUGAGCCCCUCACCAAGUAACGUGACUGAAAAUGGAAAUGUUGUAGAACAAGAGAGGGGCAAAGAACCUGUCUAUCCAAGUGCUGAAUCAAAUUCAUAUUCAUAUUCAUAUUCAUAGAGCAAAGUCUUCUACAAAGUACAGAUAGCUGUCCUCCCAUCAUGUUACAACGAUCAACAUAUAGAGCAUUACAUUGGGAAGCACUUCUUUACUCUAAGUGUCCCAAAAGCAGCAUUUCUCUUACACAGUUAUGACUGAAACAGUAGCUAUACAUCUUGAGCUUUGUUUUUUUUUAAACAUAUAAAUAGAAAAUAAUUAUUGCUGCUGAAAACCUUUGCCGUUGUAUCGUUACUUGCAUCCUGCGAUUGCUACGAAAUGCUGCAUACCCUCCAUGCAUUCAACACUAGUGCUGAAUAGAAGAGCAAGAAAGAAAAGAAGUGAACAUUCCCUCAGUAUGAUAAGAAAAAGUCUCACAGCAACACCAAUGUGAUACACACAUGCAUCUCGAUGCUUGGCACUUUAUAUUCAGGAUGGCACACUUUGAAGGUUAUUCAGUUAAUGUUUUCCUAAAUGCUUGUAUAACUUAAAAAUGACGUGUCCGUAAGGAUUGAAAAUAAUGUGCUGCAGAAGUGAGAGAUCAUGUAUUCAUGUAUAUUAUGUUUUAAUUGUUUUGUCUGAGAUUAAGAUAACAAAGACAUUUCAACUGUUAAAUGUUGUGGAAGCUCGGUUGCUUUGUAUUUUGUGUAAAUAUUUCCUUUGUACAUAAGCAUUGUUGUGAAUGUUGUGUUGUACUGUGAAAUGAUUUGUAAUUCUCUGUAUAUAUUAAAUAUUUCUUGAUUCUCCCUGAAUACUAACCCAUUGGCCACUGUAAUAGCCAAUAGGCACUGUAAUAUAUUCAUCUGCUACUAUUGAUAGUAGUUUAAGUUUUGAUGACUUGCUCGUGCAUUGUGGGAUACUCUAAAUGUCCACAAGAGGUUGCCAUUUCCAUAUUUAAGGUAUUUUGGCAAAAAACAGUUCCAACAUCCAAUUUCACUUUUGCCUCACAUUAAAAUCAAAACAUGAUUUUUCU